AUGAAGUCGACCGCCAUCAUAUCCCUCGUCGCCUUGUCGACGGUGGGUGUCAGUGCCGUUCAGCCAUGGCUGAAUACCUCCUUGCCCUAUGAGGAGCGACUGCUUGCUUUCAUCGCUCAGUUGAACGAUACACAGAAGUAUGCCAUGGUACAGGGAGACACCGAGCUCGAUGACAAUGGAACGGGCGUCAAUGCGUGCAUUGGCCAUAUCAGCGGCAACGAUACCCUCGGCAUCCCAUCGAUAUGUAUGGGCGACGGCCCCGUUGGUGUGGGAAACUCUAUGAACAAUGUGACAACCUUUCCGGCGCCCGUCCUCGCGGCCAGCACGUGGAACACAACCGUGCAAUAUCUCUUCGGACAGGCGCUUGCACAGGAGCACAUGGGCAAAGGUCGGAACGUGGUGCUGGCGCCCACCAUCAACAUCCUGCGCUCGCCACUGUGGGCGCGAGCCGCCGAGACUCUCUCCGAGGACCCCUGGUUGACUGCUCGCAUGGCCGUCGCUGGUGUGGAGGGAAUUCAGAGUCAGGGUGCCCUGGCCUGUCCGAAGCACUUUGCCGCCUAUAAUCAAGACACGAACCGUUUUGGUAUCGACCCUGAAUGGGUUACGGUUGAUGCUGAAGUCGACGAGCGUGUCUUGCAUGAGCUCUACUUUCCGGCCUUUAAAGCAUCUGUUCAGGAGGCAGAUGCUGGGUCCGUCAUGUGUUCCUACAAUAGACUGAAUGGAUACUUUACCUGCGAGAACGAUUGGCUUCUGAAUACCACGCUGCGACAAGACUGGGGUUUCGAGGGCUUCGUCGUGGCUGAUUGGUACUUUUCGACGCGCAGCACUGUUGGCGCCGUCAUGGCGGGCCUUGAUAUAUCGAUGCCUGGUGGUGAUCUUACCAAUGAGUAUGGCUUUCCGGCGUACUAUGGAGAUCUUCUCAUCGAAGCAGUCAAUAAUGGCUCCAUCCCUUACUCGCGCCUGGAUGACAUGGUGAAGCGAGUCUGGCGAUACAUGUUCAAACUGGGAAUGGUCGAUAAUCCCGUCACCGGAGAUGCUCUAUCCUACGUGCGGACGCAAGCCCACCUGGACCUUGCUCAGCAAAUGGUCGAAGACGGCACAGUCCUGCUCAAGAACGAGGAUAGCACGCUGCCCCUGAGCCCGGAAAAGUACACCAAGAUUGCCGUUUUUGGCGUGGAUGCUACCAGUCAAAGCCAGGUUUCUGAGAAUCACGGCGGUUUCGUCAUUGACUCGACCAUGGUCGUCCAGGCACCCUUUGAUGCCCUUGAGCGUCGUGGUGCUGCUGAAAACAUUUCUGUCAAGUACGCCGAGGCCUACCCCGGCACUGGUCAGUUCGCCACCAUCCCGUCCAGCAUGUUCAAGAAUGGCGGCGUCAACGUGACCUACUACACGACCACGGACUUUUCCGGGCCAGUGAACCAGACCGAUUUCGUCCCCAACAUCACCAUUGCCACUUUUCCCACGGAGCUCUGGCAGGCCUGGCCCCAAGUCUUCUCCGCCGACUACGAGGCCGUCUUCCUGCCCAACACGACGGGCACCUAUCACUUUUCUCUGUACGGCCAGGGCACCGCGCUGCUCUACCUCGACGACGCCCUCGUGGCCAAUAUGUCGUUUGCCAACUUUGGCAACUACGUCCAGGGCGUCGCCUACCUCGAGGCCGGCGCAGAGGUCAAGCUUACCCUCCGCUACGACAUGGGCUACUCGCUGUCGACGGGCGGCUACGGCGUCACCCUGGGCGUGAAUGUGGGCAACCAGACCCGCGACGCUGAGGCCGAUGCACUGGCGGCGUGGGCGGAUGUGAGUAUCAUUUUCGCCUCGGACCGCAUUUCCGAGGGCGCAGAUAGUGGCCUGGGACUUUCCCUGCCUGGCGACCAGGAUGCCGUCAUUACGCGUCUCGCGGGUCAGUCCAAGAGCACCAUUGUCGUGCUCAAUACCAACUCGGCCGUACUGAUGCCCUGGCUCGACAAUGUGGACGCCGUUCUCGAGGCUUGGUACUCUGGCCAGCAAGUCGGCCUAGCCCUCGAGAGACUCAUGUUUGGCGACGUGAGCCCCAGCGGCAAGCUACCAGUCACCUUCCCCAAGGCGUUGGAGGACGCCAUCCAGAUCAACACCAAUAUCGAGGUCCCCUUUUCCGAGGGACUGUACGUGGGAUACAAGGCCUAUGACAAGAGUGGUGUUGAGCCCUUGUUUCCAUUUGGUCACGGACUGACGUACUCGAACUUUUCAUUACACUGCAUGACAGUAUCGGCAAAUGACAGCGUCGUGACUGUUAGGACCACGCUCAAGAAUGAGGGAUCCGUCGAUGCGAGACAAGUCGUCCAGCUCUACGUUGGCUAUCCCGAGGCGGCAGACGAGCCACCAAAGUUGCUGAGGGCAUUUCAAAAGGUAGAAGUUGUUGCUGGUGGCAGCACCCUGGUUGAGCUCAUUGUACAAAAGGAAGAUCUAAUGGUUUGGUCUGAAGCAGCCCAAGGAUGGGUUUUCGUCAGCGGUGAUUAUGAAUGCAUGCUGGGGUUCUCAGCCGGGGACAUCCAGACAACUCAGGUUAUUAGUCUGUAA